UUUCCGUAAUAUUUCUGUGUGACAUAAAUAUUAUGAAAUAAUAAUAAUGGUAAAAAGCGCCCAUAAAAACUUAUUGCUUUUCUUUCAGAACUAAUCUAAGUAUCAUCUGGCUUCCGAAAUAUUUGAUUCGAAGUUGUAAUGCAACUGUUUAGCCACCCUUCGUGAUUCAUUUAUUUAUAUAAUGGACCCAGGUGCGUACUAGUUAACCGGCACAAUUAACAAUAACGCUGGGUAUUAAGAUAAUCACUUUCAUCAUUAAACCACAAAGGAGGACUAUUUUUGGAGAUGGAACUACAUAUAUAUUCUACACAGUAACUUAAAAGCUUUCGCAACUCCCCGACUGUCAUGCUCAUGUAUUCCUGGACGACAUUAUUACCAUUCACGUUCGAAGAUGGAAGGCCUGUCAACACUUAUUAAAUCCACUCUUCCUAAUUAUUUAUCGAAUCUGCCGAUUCCAAACUCCUUCACAGGAUGGUUUAAAUUAGGGUUCAAGGACUUAUUGCAAUUAGUACCCCCAGCUGCCUUUCUUACUGGAGUAGGAUAUAUGUCUUAUUUAGCAUUUUGUCCUAGAGGACGACCGGUACCUUGUGGACGAUGCAAUAAGAAAAUUCGUCUAGAUGAAGCUAAAGUUGUUGAUAUGGUCGAUGUCGAAGAUAUUGCCGAAAAAGCUGCAUUUUGUCGAUGCUGGAAAAGUAAAAAUUGGCCUUAUUGUGAUGGAUCACAUGGAGAACAUAAUAAAGCAACCGGUGACAAUGUUGGGCCCGUAGUCGUUAAGAGGAAAGGUAAUUGAUGAGUUGAGAUAGAAUCGGAAGCAGCAUUGGGGUCCUCUUUUCUGCAGACGUCGUUCAACAUACAAUGUUAAUUUAAAUAAUGUUGCUAUUUCAAUAAAAAAAGCUUGCCGAACA